CCUCCUCCCUGUAAAAAAUCAAUAAAAUAUAUUUUUAAAAACAAACAAAAAAAACCCAUGACCUCCUGGUUCAUGGGUCAACACUCACUCAUUGAGCCACACUGGCCAGGCCAAAUAUGUCUUUACUCCUUCCCCAAUAACUGUACUAUCAGCUUCCUGGGUAAGGGCUAUGAUGCCUGACUUACCUGUCUCUAAUAUCUGCACUCCCACCAGGGCCUGAUAGGCUUACAGUAGACCCCUAAUAAAUGUCAGGUGAAUAAAGGAGAGUAACGUGUGUAUUUGCUUUUUGGGUGUUGUCUGUGUAUAUGUUACUGUAGUGAGUUCAAGUCUUUAUGUGCAUCUCACAGAAUGUUUAUAGUUGUGUGUGUGAUGAGGGCUUGCUUCCAGGUGUGCCAGAUGAUGACAGUUUGUGUCUGUUUCUGAGACUGAGUGCAUGUUUGUGUGUUUCUGUCUGUGAUGGCGCAUCUGUGGUUCUUUCUGAUGGGGUGGAUGUCCAUUUGUGUUCCUGUGGUGGAUUCUGGGCAGCUGUUUCUGAACAAUGUCAGUGACAGUGCUGUAUGCCUGCGGGUACAUGCAUAUCUAUGACUGGAUCUAUCCGUCACAGGUAUCACAUAUGUUUGCCUUUGCAGCAGUGCAUGUGUGUCUCAAGCAUUUGUGUGGCUUACUGGGACAGUACAAGUUUUUAUGUGACAGUGCAUAUUUGACGGUGCUAGUGCCUUUGUGACAAGUUCUGGUGGUGUGUCUGACAGACAUUUCUGUGUCAUUGUCACAUGGUAAUGUAGGUCUACGUGAAUCUCUCUGGAGUGCCUGUCUUUCUGUGACUAUAUCUGUGUCAUUCGGGGAUAUGACUCUCUGGCAGCAUGCCUGCCUGACAGUGGAUGGAGCUCUUUGUGACAGUGCACGUCUGCAUGUGUGUCUAGGAUAAGUUUACAUGAAUGUGAUGAUACGUAUCUGUGUAUAUCUCAUUUGGUCCUUCAUGUGUGUCUCUUUGGAGUGCAUGUCUGUCUUCCUGCAGCAUGAGGCCCGACUGUUUUUCUCAAAUUUGUGACUAAGGGUUUUUUACCACCUCUCAGCCCCUGUCUCUCACCUGGAGUACACCCCCAAGCCACCACCACUCUGGCUUGCUCCUCCAUCUCAAGAACCACCCCCCCCCCGCCCUUCCAGAUUCUGGACCUGCUGACUGGGCUCACAGCUGGCCGGGUUUAGCCCCAAAAACACCCCCACAGGCCGCCUCUCUGUGAUGCUGCCUUUGACCAGCAUGCUCCUGUUGUAGUGGUCAGGGGGUUGCCCUCCCUGGCAGCUGAACAGAAUCUUCCAGGAUCCCCGGCUUCAGUUUCAGGGCAGAGGCCAUGGGUCGCCUAACCUAGAGGGCCCUUGUCCUUGGUGAGGAGCAUCCUUGAGAGCCAGGGUUCUGGAUAGCCACUGGCCCAGAUUCUGAGAAGCUGGGCCUGGCGUUAUCUCCGUGCUAAUCUUGAGGCAGCAGCAAACCAACUUCCUAGGAAAGGAGGGGGUGCAGCUUUUUUUUCCAGUUUUUUUUUCUAUAUAUACAUAUACGCACAUAUAUAAAAACAACCCCGUGCAACAACCAAAACAAAUGCAUUUGCUGCAAAGGGAUUCCCAGAACCGGUUUCCUCUUCGCGCGCGCCCCCUCAUUUGCAUGCAGACCCCGCCCCCACGGAAGAUCCGGGCGCGUAUUUGCAUAAGGGGGUACUUGAGACCUGGAGGGUGGUAUGCAAAUGAGGACUGGCUCCGAUUGGCUGGGGUACAGCAGGUGCCGCGUCCGGAUUGAUCAAAGCCAAGUGGGCGGGGCCGUCGCUCUGAGCGACUCUCUCGGGAGGCGCGUGCCCCGGCUCAGUAGCGUUGGGGCUGGCGAGCGCAACGAAUCAGAGCAUUGCGCCGUCUGUGGGCGCUUCUGGGCCACCGGCUUCUCCGCCUUCCACCCUGGCGCCCCCAAGUCCUGGCUCCCCAUCCUCGCUGCCCAGGGCGUCGACGCCCUGCGGGCUCAGCGGGCUCAAUCUGCGCAGCGCCUCCUCCAUGUUGAGCAAACCUCUUCAGGGGCUCGCGGUGGCCCCCGUGACCCCCACACCGCCGCCAGGAGGCAAGGAUCGGGAAGCGUUCGAGGCCGAGUACCGACUUGGCCCCCUGCUGGGAAAGGGGGGCUUUGGCACAGUCUUCGCAGGACAUCGCAUCACAGACCGGCUCCAGGUGGCCAUCAAAGUGAUCCCCCGGAAUCGCGUGUUGGGCUGGUCCACCCUGUCAGAGUCAGUCACAUGCCCACUGGAAGUAGCACUGCUGUGGAAGGUGGGUGCAGGUGGUGGACACCCUGGUGUGAUCCGCCUGCUUGACUGGUUUGAGACCUCAGAGGGCUUCAUGCUGGUCCUUGAGCGGCCUUUGCCUGCCCAGGAUCUCUUUGACUACAUCACAGAACAGGGCCCGCUGGGUGAAGAACGGAGCCGCUGCCUCUUCACCCAGGUAGUGGCAGCCGUUCGGCACUGCCACGCCCGUGGAGUUGUUCAUCGUGACAUCAAGGAUGAAAACAUCCUGAUAGACCUCCGCCGAGUCUCUAUCAAACUCAUUGAUUUUGGUUCUGGUGCCCUGCUUCAUGAUGAACCCUACACUGACUUUGAUGGGACAAGGGUAUACAGCCCCCCGGAGUGGAUCUCUCGUCACCAGUAUCAUGCUCUCCCGGCCACUGUCUGGUCACUGGGUAUCCUUCUCUAUGACAUGGUAUGCGGAGACAUUCCCUUCGAGAGGGACCAGGAGAUUUUGGAGGCUGAGCUCCACUUCCCUGACCAUGUAUCCCCAGACUGUUGUGCCCUAAUCCGCCGGUGCCUGGACCCUAAACCUUCUGCUCGACCCUCACUGGAGGAGAUCCUGGUGGAUCCCUGGAUGCAGAAACCAGCUGAGGAUGCACCUCCUGAUACCCCUAAAGGGGGUUCUGCCCCUUUGGCCUGGUCCCUGCUGCCCUAGUUGGGCUGUCCCAUGGCCAUGCCACAGAAAUAGGAUAUCUGUUGAUCUGGUUUUACAGGGCCUCCCCCUCCACCUUUUUUGGAUUCUUGCUGCCUCCUUCUGAGCCAGGAUUGUCCAGUUGCUGAAAUGUAAAUACUUAUGUAUUAGGAGGAAGGGAGCUCCAACUGUGUCAUCCUCUCCCUUCUCCACAUGCCUGGAUUAUUUAAAAAGCCAUGUGUGGAAACCCACUAUUUAAUAAACGUAAUAGAAUCACAAGUGA